AGGAAGCGUAUGACUGAACUGGUGAUCACGGAACUAAGCGCUUGGCCAGAGUCAAAUAAAUAAAGGAUUAAUCUCGAAUUACCUCCGGUGUAAUCCCGUAACCCUUUCCACGAUGUCUCGGCAAUCUAACCGAACAACAGACAGCAAGAAAAUGAACUCGGAGCUGUUCACUCUGACCUAUGGGGCUCUGGUGACCCAGCUUUGUAAAGACUAUGAGAACGAUGAGGAAGUCAAUAAACAGCUGGACAAGAUGGGAUACAACAUUGGAGUGCGUCUGAUUGAGGACUUCUUGGCCCGCUCCAGCAUCGGCAGGUGUCAGGAUUUCCGAGAAACAGCCGAUGUCAUCGCUAAGGUAGCCUUUAAAAUGUACCUGGGAAUUACUCCCAGCGUGACCAACUGGAGCCCAGGAGGAGAUGAGUUUUCCCUCAUUCUAGAGAACAACCCUCUGGCUGACUUUGUGGAGCUGCCGGAUAACCACAGCACACUCAUUUACUCCAACCUGCUGUGUGGUAUCCUCAGAGGAGCCCUGGAGAUGGUCCAGAUGGCGGUGGACGUGAAGUUUGCCCAGGACAGCCUCAGAGGGGACAACGUUACAGAAAUCCGCAUGAAGUUUAUUAAGAGGAUUGAAGAAAACCUCCCAGCCGGAGAGGAGUGAUGAGGAAAACAAAGACACUUUUAUUAUGUUUAGCUGUGGGGUUUUUCUUUCAGUUGUUUUGCAUGUUUAUUAAUUUAUGUACAUAAUUGUAAUCAAUGAAAUCAACAUUAAUCAAUGCGUGUCAUGUGAUCUUUUUCUCAUGGGUGGGUUUUAGUGUUUUAUCUUUUCUAUUGGAGUAAGACUGGACUUUAUAUAAGCCAUUCCAACACAUGCUGCUUAUCCUUUGACUUAAACCAUUCAAAUGUAACUUUGGCUGUAUGCUAACGGUUGUUUUGCUAAAAGACAAACCUUUGCCCCAGUUAAAGCUUCUUAGAACCUUUGCUCCAGAUUUACCUUUCAUU